AUGGCCGAUAUGGAGCACAUCGCGGUGGAUCCUGAUUUCUACUCCCUGGAAACUGGCGCGAGUACAGACCCGCUGGACUUUCAGUCGGAGACCACCUCUCUUGCGUCCACAAUCGCGAAGGGACGGUUUGAAAACGGGCGAAGAUACCAAGCCACAAAAGAUGAUGAUUACUGGGGUCCUUCUGAUGAGCAGCAGUUCGAAGCGUUCGAGAUCGGCCAUAUGGUGUUCCUCGUGUUAGACCACUAUCAGGAUAAUCCUCUUUUUCGCGCCCCUAUCGGCGAUUCGCCAAAGCAUAUUCUAGACAUCGGAACUGGUCAAGGGAGUUGGGCAAUUGACGUUGCCGAUAUGUAUCCGUCAGCUACCGUUCGAGGCGUGGAUCUCUUCCCCCCACCGGUCACAUGGAUGCCCCCAAACUGCGUUUUCGAAGUGGAUGAUGUGCUUCGUGAAUGGACAUGGAGAGAGCCAUUUGAUUUUAUUCAUAUACGUCUAAUGUAUGGCGCCUUCCCUCCUGAGGGAUGGGACCAGUUGUACAAACAAGCUUACGAUGCCCUCGAACCCGGUGGCUGGAUUGAGCAGAUGGAAUUUGACGUGCGAGUCCGCAGCGACGAUGAUAGCUUAAAGGAAGAACAUCAGCUAUGGGGGUGGGGUAACAUGUUUAUUAAAUGUGCUGAGCGAGCCGGGCGGUCACUUAAUAUUCACGAAACGAUGCGCAACUCAAUUGAGAAAGCCGGAUUCGUGAAAGUGCACGAGAAAAAGAGCAGGAUCCCCUUAGGACCUUGGCCUAAGGAUAAGGUACUGAAGGAGGUCGGACAACUUCAGUAUGCCCACUGGAACGCCGCUUUAGAGGGUUGGGCGAUGUGGCUUCUCACCCAUUUUGGGGAGCCCGAGCCGUGGACGAAGGAGGAGGUGCAUGUGUUCUUGGCUAAAGUGCGUGUGGAGCUGAAGAAUCCACAUAUUCACGGGUAUAACUGGAUCAACCGCGUGUGGGCAAGAAAACCCACUGAAGAGGAACUGAAAUCGAAGGAGACAAGUUUUUGA